AUACACUCUACCCAUGACCAAACGGUGCAGAUUCUCACUCGCCACACCAAACAGCAUCCCAGCAGCUGUCGCUGCCGAAGCGCAACCCGGCCGCCAAUCCGUCCAUCGGCCUUCUCGGCGGCGAGUAGAGAAGAGACAAGGAGACGAAGGCGCAGAGGAGAACUGCCCAUCUCCUCGCACGCAUCAGUUUCCCAGUGGUUCGUCUGUUCGUGUCACCCCUGCCGCCUGGUUCUGCUCCUCCGCCCCGCCUCGUCUCCGACCAUUCACUCCUGUGCGACGGUCUUCCCCGAGCAGGGAAAGAUUCAACUACGCCGCAAGAAUUGUUCUUUCCGUCCGCUCCUUCUGGGAAUCUCCGUUGCUCUCAGGAGAAGCAUUGAUCCUAGGACUUGUUCAUUUUAUGUUAUAAGCUGCAAUGAAAGAUUCUCAGGAUAUUCAGAGCACGACAGAGUUGCAGUCAUCAGCACAAGGUACUAAUGAAGUUCAAAGUCAACAACCAAUGGCCACUGAUGCUCCUGCAGGAGAUUCUGGUUCCUUGUCAGUAGCUAGUAAUGACAAUAAAAAAGUCUCUCGUGAAGACAUUGAACUUGUCCAGAAUUUGAUAGAGCGUUGCCUACAGCUCUACAUGAACAAAGGAGAAGUUGUUAGGACUCUUUCUACUCGUGCAAGAAUAGAACCUGGCUUCACUACUUUAGUAUGGCAGAAACUCGAAGAAGAAAAUUCUGAGUUCUUUCGGGCUUACUAUAUAAGGUUGAAAUUGAAAAGGCAGAUUAUCUUGUUCAACCAUUUAUUACAACACCAGUAUAAUGUGAUGAAAUAUCCAGCACCUCCAAAUGCUCCAUUGACUCCAAUACAAAAUGGAAUUCAUCAUAUGCCAGUUACCAAUUUCCCAAUGGGGUAUCCAGUACUUCAACAGCCUAUCAUGCCUGCUCCGGGACAGGCUCACAUUGAUCCAGUGGCCUGUGGUCUGUCCAGCGGUCGUGUAGUGAAUGGGAUCCCUGCAUCAGGUGGCUACCAUCCAGUUAGAAUGAACUCUGUAAAUGACAUGGUUGUGGACAAUGGUGUGCCUGAAGCACCUCAUGCUGGUGCUACCUGCAGUGCUAUGUCAUCAGAGAUGGCUGUGAGUCCCUCAUCAGCUGCAUCAAGCAACCAUGCUCCUUUUACGCCAUCGGAGAUACCAGGGAUGACCAUGGAUGCAUCAGCCCUAGAUUCGGCGUUUGGAUCUGAUGUAGGGAAUAUUGGAUCUCUGCAAUUAGGACCGGAUGGGUCAUCAAGAGACUCCAUCAGAUCCUUAGGGCAGCUAUGGAAUUUCAGCCUUUCUGAUCUAACAGCAGAUUUGACAAGCUUGGGAGACUUGGAAGCUCUUGAGAACUACACAGGCACCCCUUUCCUGCCUUCAGAUCCGGACAUCUUGCUUGAUUCCCCAGAUCAGGAUGAUAUAGUUGAGUAUUUUGCUGAUGCCAUCAAUGGAUCUCAAUCGGAUGAAGAGAAAUCAUAGUGAACAACUGAACAUAGUAUAAUAGUCCCAUUCAGGCUCAGGCAGGGGUGUCAUCUCAUUUAGUUUAAAUUUGCUGCAAAUCUAAUGGUGUAUUCGCACACAGGUGAGGUAAUUCCGUAAUUGCCUUUGCCACUAAGGAAUUUUGUAGUUGUUAAUCCUAAUUCUUUUGAAUAAAGAGUUGAUGUGGCCUUCACCUGAGAGAAGUUGCUGGCCACGAAUGAUGAAAAGUUUACAGUUGGUGCCUAACCUCAGGAACCCUUUGUAUUUGCUACCGAAGUAAACAGUUCAUGUGGGGUCGCUCCUUCUUUUGCU